AUUUGUAGCCCUUGUUGUAGCUCUAGGGGGCGUAACAAAAGCACAGCCGAGUGGGUCAUGCGUCCACUCUCUCUCCGCGCCUCAGCUACAUCACCGGAAACUCAACCACUCCCUCACAGCCUUGCUGUUCUCAGCUCGACUCUGUCAUCAAAUCUUCGCCGCAAUGCAUCUGCUCAGCCGUCAACAGUCCGAUUCCCAACAUCGGCCUUAACAUUAACCGCACAAAGGCCUUACAGCUCCCCAAUGCCUCAUGCCUGCAACAUUCAGACGCCUCCCCUCACACAAUGCAACGCGGCCACUAGUGUCAGUACUGGUCCAGCAGCACCGCCUCCCGCACCUUCAGCGACGGAAAAUACCCCAGAUGUGACACACUGACACUAACCCCAACCUCAUCGCCGGGUGCUCGUUCAAGUACGUACUCCACUUUUAAAAAGGCAACUCGUUAUGGAAAGAGACAAAACUAGUUUUGGGACUGUAUAGAGUAUAGUAAGUCCACAAGAACAAAAAUAUAUAACCCAAACAUAGCCUCUCUAAUCGAUUUUUAAUUAAUGUUUCUAAAUCAU